AUGGAUGAGAAUCCCAUUUUAUCAACUUCAAGUUUUUGCUCUUUUCAAUAUUACUAUUAUGAUUCAUCUGCAUUCAAUGUCAUGUGUUUAACCUUUGACACUCCAGAACAUUCUGGAAGCUUAAGUGUUCAGGCUAAAGAAAAAAAAGAGUUAAGGGUUGUUGGAGGGACAGGUUCUUUUGCAUUUGCUCGUGGCAUUGCGGUAAUUUCUCAAACAGGUGGUGGGCAAUCUACUCACGAAAAUGGUGUUGCUGCGUCUUAUCAUGUUAAACUUCAGCUUCAAUUUCUAAAGCUCUACCACAACAAACCUCUACUAACAACUGAGAUAAUAACUUAA